CAAGUCUCACUUCCCCUCCUUCAAGACGGAGGGUUUCAUCCUCCCAGCCACCCCAUUACUCUGGAAGUCCCAAAGUGCUCCAUUCUUCCCUCCAGCCCCUGUAUUGCUCCUCCACAUGUGGCCUGCGUACCCAGGCUUUGCAUGGAAGAAGGGCCUUUCACUUUGAGUCUGUCAAGCUGGCUCAAGUGACUCAAGAAUACGAGUACCAACCCCCAGGCAGACUGCUAGUGUCACAGAGGCAAUGUUAGAAUCUUUACCCCGAUCAGAGGAGGACAAAGCAUCAAAGGAUGAUCAAUGAAAUGGUGCAGUGGGCCCUGGAUUGAAUCGACAUGGCUAUGACCCCUGGAUCAAAUGAGGUGGUUGGGCACAUCCAUCCAGAAUGUGACUUUUUAGCUGAGCUGAAGAGAAAUGAGAAUGAAUGUCUGAGGGAUGCUGAAGAUCAUGGAAAUGAAACUGCAGGUUGCAGGAAAACAUGGGACAGGCUACUGUGCUGGCCGAAUGCAGAAGUUGGUGAGACUCUCACAUUGCCCUGCCCGCAGGUUCUCUUUCACUUCCUCAAGGAGCCAGGCUUGGUAAGAAGAAACUGUACAGUGAAUGGCUGGUCUGAUCCGUAUCCCUCCUAUCACAUUGCCUGUCCGGUGAACGAUGAGAUUCCAGUUGAGGAACAGUCCUAUUUUUCUACUGUAAAGAUCAUCUACACUGUGGGUUACAGCAUUUCCAUCUCCUCCCUCGCCCUGGCUGUGACUGUUCUUAUUGCAUUCAGGAGACUCCGCUGUCCCAGAAAUUAUAUCCACAUCCAGCUCUUUCUCACCUUCAUCUUGAAAACUAUUGCCAUUUUCAUUAAGGAUGCGGUCCUCUUCCAGAAGGACGAUAUUGACCAUUGCAGCUUCUCUACAACUGAAUGCAAGAUAUCCGUGGCUUUCUGUCACUAUUUUAUGAUGACUAAUUUCAUGUGGCUGCUGGUAGAGGCGCUUUACCUGAACUGUCUGCUCUUAUCAUCCUUUCCUCAUGGAAGACGCUAUUUUUGGUGGCUUGUUCUGUUUGGAUGGGGUUUCCCAACAUUUUUCACUGUAGUGUGGAUAUUAGCAAAGCUAUAUUUUGAAGAUACCGCAUGCUGGGAUAUUAACCAGGGCUCGCCUUACUGGUGGCUAAUCAAAGGACCUAUCAUCAUUUCUGUUGGGGUCAACUUUAUCCUUUUUAUCAACAUCAUCAGAAUCUUGCUGAAAAAGCUGGACCCGCGACAAAUCAACUUCAAUAAUUCAUGUCAGUACAGACGUCUCUCAAAAUCGACGCUGCUUCUCAUUCCAUUAUUUGGGACACAUUACAUUGUCUUCAACUUCCUGCCCGAAUACAGCAACCUGGGAGUCCGGCUAUAUUUAGAGCUCUGCAUUGGAUCUUUCCAGGGGUUUAUUGUAGCCGUUCUGUACUGUUUUCUUAAUCAAGAGGUGCAAGCGGAAAUUGGCCGAAGAUGGCAUGGGAAGAGCUAUGGACUUAUGCCAGUGUGGAGGAAGAGGACUAGGUGGACCAUGCCAUCUAGUUCUGGGAUAAAAAUGACUACCUCUGUGUGUUAGGGACAGCUGCUGGAUUGGGAGCAAUGGUGUUUAAGAACCCAAAUGUGAUCGAGGAAACUGAAUUUAAAUCAUCUGACUGUAACUUAAAAUGCCUGAGUGAAUUAUAGAAGACUAAUCCAGUUCUGUCUAGUUCCAUAGAAAUUCCUCCCACCAGACCUCUACAGAAGUUACAAGCAUUACAGCAUCAGAUCAAACACCGAUUGGCUUAUAUAAUCCUUUUCAUGUAUAUCAUAUGCAGCACAGCAACACAUAACAGCAACAACUUCCUCUUCUUUUAUCCAGUUUCUGGACUAUUUUUCAUGGACUACACAUUAAAGCACAUCAACUGAGAGGUCACCAAAAGUAUCCUAAAGUAACGCUAUGGAAGUGUCAGAUCUGGAAUGCACUACCACCCUCUUCAAAUUGUGGGAACUGGAUUCAGACUGCUGGUUUUGAAUCACUAGAUUAGCAAACAAGUAACAGAAUACCUUUUGAACCUACAGCACAAUGUUAUCAAUCCCCUCCUAAGCAAGGAGAUUCAAAGUUAAGGCAAAACCCAGCUAUAGCCUGAACUCUUGAUAUUGUGCAAAAGCUGCUUCUCAAAUUAUGGUCCCUGGACCACCAGUAAUGUAGAGAGUAUAUCUUGGUAGCCUAUAGGUGAAACUUUCUGAGAAUUAAGGAGUAAGAAACUGAGUGGUUGGAGGAAGAUGAUUCCAGAGGGUGGUGUUUUAUGAAAAAUUGGGCUAAGUAACUAAAAUGAGCAGAAAUAUCGAGAAGUCCUUGUGGCACCUUAGAGACUAACAUAUUAAUUUGGGCAUGAGCUUUCAUGGGCUAAAACUUAUGCCCAA